AGUGGCCUGAUCUGGAUGCUGGCACCACUGAGCCACCGAGGCACCAAGCCACUGAGCCACAGAGCUCAGCCCACAGCGAGGGUCGGCGGCCUGCCCCCGCUCACUCCCCCCGACGGGGCAUUCUACCCUGGUCGGCUGGAACUGAGAACCCAUUCUUGCUCCAGCUUUGACGUUCUGCCCUCAGGACCCAUCUGGGGAAAGGGCCCUUCUUUUCUGAACGUCUGGGAAGAAACCCCUUCUACCAGCUGCAGGAUGGGCAGCAACAGAAGGAAGGUCGUCUGGAUUCUGUGCUCUCUGCUUCUUCUCCUUGAAGCCACUUCUGCCAAGAAUAUCUGGAAACGGGCAUUGCAUUUGAGGCUGCCUAAGAAAUCCCACGUAAGUGCUGCCCAGGAAGAGGAAGGGCCCGGGCAGUCGGAAGACAGCUGCCCGCCACCCCCGCGCUCGCUGCCCCCUGGCGCCUGUCAGGUGGCGCGCUGCCGGGCCGACUUCGAGUGCUCGUCGGACCAACGCUGCUGCUACAACGGCUGCGCCUACACCUGCCUGGAGUUGGUGCCGCCCCCGCCAGUUGUAGAUUGGCUGGUGGAGCCCAAACCUCUGUGGCUUGGUGGCAACGGCUGGCUCCUGGAUGGUCCUAAGGAGGUGUCUCAAGUGGAGCCCUGCAGCACCACGGCGGACGGCGUGGAGCCACUCCUCUGUCCCACGGGCUAUGAGUGCCACAUUGUGUUACCGGGCGACAUGGCCAAGGGCAUCCCCAACCACGGGCACUGCGUCAAGCAGCGCCAGAAAGCAGAAAAGUCAUUCCUAAAUCACAGAGAUAAGAAAGAAUAUCCAGAGGGCAACUACAAGUUGGUGGCAGAGCAUGGAAAAGGACCACAGAAGCACUUCCAAUAACGCAGUGACAGCAGCUAAUUUGCAAGAACAUCCCUCACUUGCUGCCAAGACUUGAAAACAGAUGGAUGAAAGUGCUUUCACCCAGCGCAGCAGAGCACGACCCUGGAGGUGCCAUUGGACAGGACAUCUAGCUCCCAACCUAGGGUGGCUGGGUGGCUUUGUGGGAGCCACUGGCCAGCGCUGGGUCCUGUUUCAUCGUCAUGGAAAUGCCUAGGGUCUCGUGUGACCCAGCAGCUCUGUAGAUGGGAAGAAGCCGCUGCCUUGUGAGCAGGUACAGAGCUCCUCCCUAACUCAGAGUUCCAUGUCUUGUUAUUUACAGCUUUGUUAUUUAUAGGUCUGACCAUGGGAGGCGUCUACCCAUUCCUCCCAGAGCCUCAAAAUAUACCCAUAUUCUCAGAAUGUAUUCACUCAUUAUAAAAUAAAAAUGAACUUACCCAUUCA